UAUGGUUUUCUCUCUCUUUGUUUCACAGCCAAGAAAAGACAUACACAUACAUACAUACAUGUAUUAAAUAAUAAAUACCAAUACUUAAAAGCAAGAAAGAGAUGAUUUGAUGGUGAUGUUGAUUUUGAUGCUUGUGUGAUGAAUGAUGAACAACAACGUGGAACAUUGAUCCCAUACCUUGCACAGUGCUGCCACCAUUGAUUUCCACUUCUUAGAUUUCGUUUGGUUCCAACUUCCAACCUAUCUCCUGCAUUCAAUUCCUCACCCAAUCACCUAUCGGAUCCUCCUCGGGAUCUCCGAAACUGCUUCUCUCUCACUUUGCCGCCAUAACGCACCCACGUGGACUUCUCGCUCCAAGUUUUCUUCUUUUUCACUUUUGGUUUUCUGGGUUGAUCAAGUGGAGUAACUCCUCUAAACACUGCAGCGUGAGUUUAUCUGAGAAGCUUCAAGAGUGAAAUCUUAAUAACAUUCAAUAUACAGCCAAGUAAUGAGUUGUUGAAACCCUCUGAUGACAUGGGGUUUGGUUUAAGCCUUGGAAAGAAAAGCUCAAAACAGCAAAGCAGGUCAAAGACAGUUAAGGAGAGUUCUGAUUUGCCCCAAUCCAAUCCAUGUCUAAGUGAUUCACUAAAGUUGAAAUCAAAGUCUAGUGUUGGUGAAGCACACAGUGAUCCUUGUAACAAAGCAAAGAAGGAUGUGAUAGUGGGAAAGGUUCAGCACAGGGAUAGAGCAAAGGGAAGUUCAACUCAACCUGAUGAACUUGUCAAGUACAUGUCUAAUUUGCCAGGUUUUCUCAAGCGUUCUGAGGGAGGAGAAAACCUUCAAGGGAAGGCUUUAAAUGUUGGGGUUCUUGAUUGGUCACAACUUGAAAAAUGGAAGAAAAAGCAAACUCAUCCAAAGGUAGAAGCUAGCGACUCCACAUUAUUCAAUAGCAGUGAAGAAAUAUCAUCAAGGGCAGCCACCACAUCAUCAUCAUCUGCCACUUCUGGUGGCCAUAAUAAAAAGCUUGAUGGUAGAAAAGGUUCUAGUUCUUCAAGAACCAAGGGGUCUUAUAAAGAAGGUCUUCCUUCAAGUUCCAAAAUGUCUUCUCAGAAUGUUAAACGAUACCAACAUUCUAAAACUGAAAUAAGGACCCUUGGAGAAGAGCUCGGAAUGCCACCUUGGGAAUUCAGCAAAACUCAGACAGAUACUUCACUCCAAAGGGUGAAAAUUAAUGACUAUGACGAAAUAACUCCAACAGUUGGAAGUUUUGCAUUGAAGUCCAAGCAUCAUGAGGUCUCACUAGUUCCUAAUGAAAAUUCUGGUAGUGAUGCUAAAGAUAAAAAGAGAAUGGAGGGUUUGCAACAGCAUAGCCUCAACAAAAAAGAGAGGAAUCUAAAGUCCAUUUCUGAUAAGGGACUUCCACCAUUAGAAUCAAAAAAUAAAGGUGUCUCGUCAUUUGACUCUCAGAAAAUGAGUUCCAGUAGCAGUGAAGCCAAGAAAAAGAUCGAUCACUGGCAGGAGUCAGAUAUUGAUGUUGGUCAUGAGCAAAGCCAUAGGAUGCCUAGUAAUAUUGUCCUGCUUCGUCCCCGAAGUGCUCUGCAAUCAAAAUCUGAAGACUAUUUUCAGUAUUCUCAAUCAAGAACUUCAACUGAUGAAGACUUUUCAGAAUCAAGCCGGAGUAGCUUGUCGUAUAUGUCCCUUCCUGAGGAGGUUUACGCUGAAGAUGUACAUUCUGAAAUUCCACAUUCAAGUGUAUUGUCUUCUGUGACUGAGCUUGCUUCGUCUUCAGAAACAUUGCAACAAAGUAUCAAUACUGAUCUAGAUACUGAUUGUACUUCUGUUCUAUCUAACAAACCAACAUACUCAAAUAAGAUAUCUACUCUCCAAUCUGAAGAUACUUUCAUCGAAAUGGAUGUGUUUGAUAUCAAGCUAAAAAAUCAGUGUGCUUUCACUGAUGUGCCGGAAUCACAGGACCAUGAGACUGUUGAGCUGACACCUCAGAAUCCCUCAUCUAAUCGUCGGCUUAGCUUCAGCUUAAGUCGUAUUGGAAGAAGUUUCAGUUUCAAGGAAGGGUCUAUUCCAAAACUUAGCUCCAUGUAUGUUAGUGCUGUGUCUGGUACAGUGACACCUGAAUCUUCUGCUUGUUUCGAUAAUCAUAACAAAGAUAAGGUAAAAGGUCAUAACAGAACCAGGUCUAGCCCCUUGCUGAAGUUAUUUGAUCCCAUAUUGAAGCACAGGGCAUCAAACAUACACCAUUUUGAUGAACAAAGUGUGACAUCAAAAGGAAGCAUGGGUUCAAUCAGCUCAAGGACAAUCAAUCUGCCUGAUGAAAAGAGAAAGGAAUCAUCAAUACAUGCCCUUCUGCAGCUAACAAUAAGAAAUGGAGUACCUUUGUUUAAAUUUGUGCUCAACAGUGAAAGAAAAGUUCUUGCUGCUACCUUGAAGAGUUUAGCAUUGACAGAGAAGGAUGAUGUAGACUGCUAUUUUACAUUCUACCAAGUUAAUGAAAUAAAGAAAAAGAGUGGCAGAUGGAUGAAUCACUGGAGUAAAGAAAAAAACUGUGGAUAUGUCUACAAUAUUGUUGGUCAGAUGAAGGUUUCUAGCUCUAAAACCACUGAAUCGAGCAAUGAAAACUCCAAGAGAGAGAGUGUGGUGAAAGAAUAUGUCCUAAUGGGAGUUGAAGUCGACCAGCUAGAUCAAGAACCACCAAAGUUCUUCGUGAGCAAGGAGCUUGCAGCCGUUGUUGUUGAGAUCCCUUGUGAAAACGUAAAUCAUGAAGGACUAUUAUAUAGUCAUAAUUUGCUGGAGAAGAGAUGCUUAAAGUGCUUGGCAGAUGAAACAUGCUUUUGCAUCUCACAAGAAAAUGAUAUCUACAGCAGCAUUACAGUUAUACUUCCUGAUGGUGUGCAUAGUUCACCAUACACAGGAGAACCUUCACCAUUGAUUCAUAGAUGGAAAUUGGGGGGAGCAUGUGAUUGUGGAGGUUGGGAUGUUGGUUGCAAACUGCUUGUUCUCUCUAAUCAAAACCUUGGUUCAAAUAUUCCAAUGAGUUCAAAAUCUUACCUUGACAAAUUUCAUCUUUUUGUUCAGGAAGGAGCUGAGCAAAACACACCCCUAUUCACUUUUGUUCCAUUGAAGGAUGGAUUAUACUCGGUUGAAUUCAGUUCAACAAUCAACCAUUUACAGGCAUUCUUCAUUUCUGUCUCAGUUUUAAGCAGCCAGAAAUUACCAAAAUCCUUGGAAAUGAAUAACAUGCAAGAAGAAAUCAAUAAGGAAUUCAGUUCCAAGAACUACAACGAACUUCAGGGGAAAGCACCUUUAAAUUAUAAUCCAAAUCCUCCAUACUCCCCUGCCGACAGAGUUUAAUUACAGAAAGUGAAGGCUUUUUCACAAUUAUAGAUAGCUAUUAUAUAUAACCAUGAAGAUAAGGAGUCACAAGUUAUUGCACUGCUAAAUAUUUCUCCAUUUGCCUUCCCACCAGAGUAACUGUUGUGGCAAAAAAUGGUAUUCUCAUUGUAUACUUGUAUUCACUGUACAAAAGAACCACAGCACCAA